AUGUCUGUCAUGAUCACGGCUCUCCGGGGCUUCAGAGUCCGUCCGGAGACCCUCGACAACUACCUCGCAGAGAAAGGCGACUACAAGGGGUCGGACAUCGGUACAACUCCUCCACAAUACCCUUUUGACGACAGGGGGGCCCCCUCAGACAAGGCCUCGAAUGUACUCCGCAAAAGGUUGGUCGCCAUGAGAGGCGACGCCAAAGACAGCAGCGGCAUCUUCGUGGUCGUCCCGUUUGUCAUGUCCCAAACAUCGUCCUGGGUCUUCGUGACAUACAGUUACGCCUUCGUUCAUUCUCAGCUUCUCAUCACGACCGCCAUCCUCCCAGAGCCCGUGCCGCGAGGGUUUGAAGAGCUCAGACAGGAGGUAUUGGAGUACACCUCUGGUUCAAACCUUGGAGACGACUCGGAGGGCCUGAUGGGCUUCUACAUUGUUCGCACGAAUCUGACUGGUGGCCAAGGCGGCGGACUUGUCAAAUAA